AUGCAGCUAUCGCCGACGGAAUCCGCAAGGAGCUUGUCGGUGCUUUGCAAGUGCAGGCCGGCGUGUCUCUCAACCGUCCUCGACUGCUUCCAAGCUUCGAUCGUCGAGACGACGAAGAUUAUGGUGGACGAUGACCCGGAGUCCUCUGAGACAGCGCUGCUCUCCGAGGGAGAUCGAGGGCGUCAGCAAAGAGAUGAUGAUGCUGCCGCGGCUGUGCGCAGGAAGCUUACCGCCUGCAUCUUGCUGUACACAAUCGGCGCAAGCAUGAUGACGCAAGUCUACCCCAAGAUCAUCCUGCUUUCGUGUGGAGGAGACGACGGGGAAGCAUCCAAGUACAGAGGGUGGUUGGCCGCUGGGGUAAGCGUCAUCCAGCUCAUUUUCGUCCCCGCCAUCAGCGGAUGGAGCGACGUGGUGGGCCGGAAGGCGGUGGUUUGCUUCGCGCAGGUGCUGCAUGCCGGCUCGGUCCUCGCGCUCGCGGCGAUGGCGGACUCGUUGGCGUGGGCAACCGUGUGCAGGCUGGCGACGAGCGUGUGCAUCGUGAUCCUGCCGGUCAGUCAGGCCAUCAUGAUCGACCUCUCCCCCGACAGAGGCAAGGGCGCCACGCACGGCUUGGGCAUCGCCUUCGGCGCCUCCGCCCUAGGAUUCAGCGCCGGCGACAUCAUCGGCGGCUCUCUCACCGAGCACCACCGCGGCGCGGCGUGCCUCGUGAGUGCAGCCUUCUCCGCGGCCUCUCUCCUGUCCCUGGCGCUCUUCGGGUGGAGAGAGACAGCGCCGCCCCUGGUCGGGGAGGGGUGGCAACGGUGGCUGUGGUGGCGGGUGGAGGAGCAGGAGAGGAUUGACGAUGCCGUGGUCGGGAUGAAUGAUGAUGACGAUGUGGGAGCUAACAGGGGAAUUUGCGGAAGGGACGUUGCUGCUGUGGUGCAGGGCGGUGACGCCGUCGAAGCCACGGCGAGUGUUGACAGUUUCGUCUGGGAUGACGAUGGGAAACAAGGGGCGGGGGGCAGGGGGAGGGCGAGGCGGUCAGGAAGAAAGCAGCUGAACCCACUCUCCGUCCUCAAAGUGUUCUUGGAAAGCAGGGCGCUGCUGCGGAUCGCUUGCAGCUACUUCCUGUUUGUCCUCUCCCUGAACGUCUUCGCCACUGGCUACAACUACGUCGACUACCGCUUCGGCUGGACUCCCUCGGAGAUCUCCUACUUCUUCGCCACGUACAACAUCCUCAUGGCCCUCGCCGGGGGGUGGGUCAUCCGCUUCAUCGUCCCCAAGAGGCUUACCGAGGAGAAGGGGGCGCUCUUCGGCAUCUCUGUGCAGGUCUUCUCUGUCAUGGUGUCCGGCCUGUGCUUCCGGGGGUGGAUGCUGUACCCCGCUCUCGUCUUCGGGGCGCUGCAGAACAUAACGGAGCCCUGCCUUCAGGCCAUCAUGGCCACGUUCGUCGGGCCGGAGCUGCAGGGGAGCUUGCAGGGUGCGGUAAUGAGCCUCCGUGUAGUCGGGGAAGGGGUCGCCGCUCCCGUGUUCACGCAGGUGUUCUCGGCAGGAGCCUCGGUGGGGUUCGAAGAAGCUCCAUUUUUCCUCGCGACGGCCAUCAGCCUGGUUAGCCUGGCGGUCGCAUGGUGGCCGCUGCGGAAGUUAGACAAGACAAAAAACAUCGUUCUUCCCGACCACGACGCAUCACCACGGGGCUGGGAACCACCAACACCGGCGCCAACGCGGGCGCCGGCGGCGGGAGAUGAAGUCCAGCACGCAGCCGAGGGCGGUGUUUUGGCCACAGGUGGCGCCGCUGAUGACAACAACGUAUCGACGGCGAACGCGGGGGGGUUAGUGAAAGCUGCGGAGGACAAUCCCCAGAACUGUGCCGACGUUGUCUCGGAUCUGAGUUUACUGGCAAGAAGCAGGGCGCCGCUGCUGGCCAUCAACAGCGACGACCGCGUUGUUGAUGUAUCGCCCGGGGAUGAUGAGUUGCCGGAACGAGAGGAGCAGGACGAGGAGCAGGGCAUAGACGGGGCGGGGGUUGACGAAGGGAUGGGACAACUGUUGUUGGCCGUGCCGGCUUGA